CUUCUCUGCUGGUGCAGCUGGUGCUGUGCACCACAGCCCGAACGCCGAACGCCAUGGAGACGCACCAGGUGGUACCGGACGUGAUUCCGGUUGCCCCAGCUGGGGCGCUUUCGGUGAGCUAUCCGAGCGGCGUGUCCGUGAACGGCGGCAACGAGCUGACCCCGACCCAGGUCAAGGACGAGCCGCAGCUCAGCUGGGAGACCGAGCCGGACGCUCUCUACACGGUCGUGCUGACAGACCCGGACGCGCCGUCUCGCCAGCAGCCCAAGUUCCGCGAGUGGCGUCACUGGCUGGUGGUGAACGUGCCCGCCCAGGACGUGGCCCGCGGCGAUGCUGUGUCGGCCUACGUCGGCUCCGGACCACCUCAGGGCACCGGCCUCCACAGGUACGUGUUCCUGGUGUACAAGCAGCCGGGGAAGAUCACCGUCGACGAGGCUUUGAAGAAGACUAAACACGAGGCUAAGGGCCGCGAGAAGUGGAGUGUUCACGCGUUCGCCGAGCAGCACGGCCUGGGCGCCCCGGUGGCCGGCAACCUGUACCAGGCCCAGUACGACGACUACGUGCCCAAGCUGUACCAGCAGUUCACUGGCUAAUGCCCCCCCCCCCCCCCCUGCUUCCGCUCGUGCUCCUGGGAUGUUCUGGCGCUCUUGAGGACGCCGUUACGCGCUUGAGGACGUUGUUAGGUGCUUGAUGACGUUUUUAGGUGCUUGAUGGGGUUCUAGAUGCUUGAUAACGCUUCUUAGGUGUUAAGUGACUUUCUUGGGUGCGUCAUGACGUUCUUGGGCACUGGAGAACGCUGUAAGGUGCUUGAGGACGCCAUCAAGGCCCCGGGGGCGUCCUUUCGUCACCUGACGAUUUCCAGUCCCGGCCGGGGUGGGUGAUGCUCGCAGCCACUGGUGCGAGGUGAUUUUUUCUACGUCCGAGGCUUACGGCUCGUGUCAGCAGAUGGACAGUUUUUGGUAGCUUUUCCCGCUCAAGCAGCGCAGCGGCUGUGAAACUACGUUCAUGAGCGUUGAUUUCGGUAAUAAAUCGCAGAUAAGCUGGAGGUUU